AUGCUUCGAGAUGGUAUUACCGGAGACUGGAUCGGCACUUUCAUAGGCCACAAGGGUGCUUGUUGGUCGUCAGCACUCUCCUCGGAUGCGGCAUUAGCAGCCACCGGGUCUGCAGACUUCUCUGCCAAGAUCUGGGACCCACAGACUGGCGAAUGCCUCCAUACCUUAGGCCAUCGACACAUCGUCCGUUCUGUUGCCUUUCCGCUUCAAGUCAAUCCCGGUUGCGUAGCAACUGGCGGCCGGGAGAAGAAAUUACGAAUCUUCGACCUUACCAGAGGGAGUACCACUUCAUCUCCGAGCUCGCCCAAUACUACUGGAGAAGGCACAGAAAGUAAUAUCGAAGGACACGAGCUCGCACCUGACACGCAUACUGAUACCAUUAAAUCUGUUCUUUGGAAUGCUGAUUACAACAUCAUUACCACCGCUGACGAUAAAAACCUGCGAUGGUUCGACCUGAGAUCUCAAAAACCUAUUUUCACUUUCAACACGAAAGACGAAAUCAUGUCGUGUGAACUUAAUACAUUGCACACCAUGGGAAAUGGUAAUUCUGGUGUAAUCAGUGUGGCAGCAGGCAAAUCGUGCUACUUUUUCAACGGUGGAAGACCCGGGGAAUUGCUAAAGAAAAUGGAUUUUGAUCAGGAUAUUGCUAGCGUGGCAAUCAAUCCUCGGACUCGUAAAGUGGUAACGGGCGGGAAGAAUGAAACAUGGGCUCAUGUGUGGGAUCUCGAGACAGAGGAGGAGCUCGAGGUCCAUAAAGGACAUCACGGUCCCAUCUGGUCCAUCCAGUUCUCGCCAGAUGGUAAUCUAUAUGCAACGGGAAGCGAAGACGGAACGAUAAAACUGUGGAAGGCGUGCAAAGAGCCAUAUGGGUUGUGGCGGUGA